CGGAACUCUAUUUCUCUGCGCAUAAACGACUCUAAACAUCAAAUAUAUAUUGGCUCAUUUGCUUUCGUCUAGUGAUUUCAGACAUUUCCGCUCCCGUUCAGCCUCAGUCUUAUUUUUCCUUGUACGCUGCACUUCUGUCUAAAAAGCCCACAGCGUACCUUUCUAUUUGGACAAUGACAGACAGACAGACUGUCUUGCUGUCAUCUCUUCACCUUGUUACUUUUUAAAUGUGGCGGGUACCCGUUCAUCCAACAUUUCAUUGCCGAAAUAUCUCAGUGUUUGUCUUGUUUUGUUUUGAGUAUUCGCUUCGUAACGCUCCGUUCUACUGACGACGGCGACAACGACGAGUGGAGCUUAUCGACAGAAGAUCGACGAACGCCCGCUCGCGCCACACAACACAAACAGGACAGUGGCCAUCUAGAACGUCGGUGUGCCGUUCGUUUACUCGGCACGGAGCAAACGGCGGGUUAUUGUGUGCCUGUUCGCCUAAUGCGUGUUCCUGUUUGCCAGUCUUCUUGGGAAGCAAUGUUGACGUGAAAACAAAGCCGUGUCUCCUCCUGGUGCUGCUGCAAUUAUCGCCAGAACUGUGCACGACAAUUGCAGUGUCCAGCAGUACUACUGGGACGGAUAGAAUCCCAGAGCAGAACGCACUGUUGACUAUUCCAAGAAACACUGAAUGACCAGCCGCCGUCACAGCAAGAGCCAGCCACUGCCAUCGUCGUAGCCCGAUUGGCCGAAACGUCCAGGCACAUUAACAGCAAGUGCGGUAGCAGCACGAGAUUAGUUUUACAAACAGAAAAACACGGCCCGGGCGAUCGUCGUGCGUAACGUUUUGAAGUAGCUGUACCGUAAAGUCUCUUUCUGCCCUCCCGUUUAUCUAUCUCACGGCCUGUGCACACGUAUACAAAACAUCAGAUACCGGAUGGCCCUAAAUGAAGUCGUGUGGACGACUGAAUUACCAGAGCUUCUAACGAAGUCUCUCAUAGAUUCGAAGAGUUACGGGAGAAAGCGAAUUCGUUGACUGGGUUAGACGAAACUAUUUACCUAACUGAGUAGUUGUUGUACUGCUGGUACGGGCAAAUAUCCUGCUGGCCGGCGGCCGUCCGUGCCGCACUUAGCUUAGCAUAGCCACCCACCACAGGGAAACAGAAAGCAGACAAAUGCUGACCAGAUGACUGGUUAGAGACAGGUAGGACACUACCCACCUGUAACGUGUAACGUCUUUUGCUAUGAUCGGAGUUUGUGGGACGCAAGAUAUCGGCGUGUGAUCUCACCGAGAUUGCGGUUCUGUAAGCAAGAAGAAACCAGUGUUUUUUUUUUGUUCGAAAGGCGAUUCUGUUAAGGGCAGUAGUUGCGAUUUAUCCAGUCGUUGUCGUUGACCGUCGCCGCCAAUGACGAAUUCGUGAGGUUGUCUUCCGUGCUACGGGAAUAGUAACAAACUUGUGCCAUGCAAUAACAGGAUUCACCGUGCGGCCCGCGGCCUUAGGCCGGCGGACUUGGUGCGUCGCGAUUUAGCGAGCACUUGGCUGCGAAGCGGGAACCACUAAGAGUGCCUUGGAAAGUUUUCGUGUUCUGAUUUGGUACUUCGCCUAGAAGAUAGGACCUUUCCGCUGAAAUAUACGCUUAAUUUCUUCAAGGAAUUCCAUUGUAACCUAUAACUUACUGGAACCAUACUGGCGGGUUUUUAUUAUAACCGGGCAACAGCGUGAUUGGCGCCAUAAACUGGAGAAUGCCACGUGCACCGUGGCUAGUCGAAGCUGGUGAUAUCGUUGACUUCGCCGUUAGUAACAGGGUUCAGCCCGUUGAAGUGUCCGGUGAGACCGGCGACAGAGGCUGUAGAAAUUGACGGUAUCGUCACGACAGCUGCUCGAAUCGGUAGCAUCGGCGUAGUCACUGUUGGCCCACGAAUGGGAGCCAACGGUUCGACUUUGCUCCCAGGUGGGGCCAAUAACGAUAAAGGUGGAACGGGCAGUGACCGCGAUGAUGCACAGCUUCCCUCAUCGGAACGAUAUCUCGGUCUCGUAAACUUCGGCAAUACUUGCUAUUGCAACUCCGUCCUUCAAGCGCUCUACUACUGCAAGCCGUUUAGGGAGAAGGUUCUUGAAUAUAAGGCGAAAAACAAAAGGACGAGAGAGACGCUGCUCACGUGUCUUGCAGAUUUGUUUCACAAUAUACACUCACAUAAGAAAAAGACAGGCACGCUUGCUCCGAAAAAGUUCAUCGCGCGGUUACGCAAAGACAAUGAAGUUUUUGACAACUAUCUGCAGCAGGACGCACACGAGUUCCUCAACUAUCUGCUCAAUACAAUAGGGGAUCUCUUGCAGGCAGAGAGUAGUCCGCAAACCAAGGAGCCAUCGUGGGUGCACGACAUUUUCCAAGGCACGCUGGUGAACGAGACUAGAUGUCUAACGUGCGAAACAGUCUCGUCAAAAGAUGAAGAUUUUUUGGAUCUGUCGGUAGAUAUUUCUCCCAAUACAUCGAUUAGUCACUGCUUGCGUGGAUUUAGUUCGACGGAAACACUUCGAGGCGAGCACAAAUACCAUUGUGAGCAAUGUAACUCGAAACAGGAGGCACAAAAAUCGCUCAAGGUUAAGAAGCUUCCACCAAUUCUCGCGUUGCAUCUUAAACGCUUUAAGUACACUGAACAACAGAAUCGCAAUACAAAACUAUCGUGGAGGGUCGUUUUUCCCCUUGAGCUGCGGCUGUUCAAUACGUCGGAUGACGCCCUCAACGGUGAUCGGCUAUACGACCUUGUUGCCAUUGUUGUCCACUGUGGCACCGGACCGAAUCGGGGUCAUUACAUCUCGAUCGUGAAAUCGCACGGCUUGUGGCUCCUAUUCGACGAUGACAUGGUAGAUAAAAUCGAUCCGUCGACGAUUGAUGAUUUCUUUGGCCUGACGCAGGACACGCCGAAAUCUUCCGAGUCUGGCUAUAUCCUCUUUUAUCAGUCAAAAGAGUGACAAUAACCAAACGGGUCGACACCCGCUAGCGGAAUUACCGCUCACAGCGGCAGUACAUUUGGCAGCGGCAGCUCGAGCCCGACAAAGCAUCCCAUGAAGGAAAGGGAUAACAAUUUGUUUAACAAUGGCAUCAAUAGGCGCCGAAGUAAUGUCACGGGCGUAACAAGCAAGCGGCUGGUCGCUAUCGUUAAGUAGGUCAUAUUCGAGGAGUGGAAAGUUUGGCAAUGGGCAUCAGCCAAAACGGUAAUGAAGUAACAUGUGAAGAAUAGAUAAACAUCUUAUGGUAAUGACAUAUAUACUAUGGCAUAAGUGUAGAUUGACGGCACUUAGAAAGAGGGGCACGGAAGAAGGGGCUAGACAAAAAGAUAAUGAAGAAAAUAUGUAAGUGUAUGGAUGCAAAGGCCACACACGUAAGUUAUCAUGAUAUGUGGUGUUAGCUUUUACAGAAAAUACUAGAUGAAGUUGGACGAACUUUUCGCAUCGUUGAGGGAUGAUGCUGAAGGUGCUGGUAGGGUAGAACAGGAACAAUACUUGAAGUAGACCAAAGGGAUGUUACUACGAGAAGGGAUCUAGCAGACAUACGUCAAUGAAAAUUAAGGUGGUAAGUCGCUCGUUUGGUCCAAUGGAGUAAAAUAGAUUAGCGUGAGAUGUCUACAGAUGAAGCGGUUGUCCAGUACAGUAAUACAAAUUAUGGUUUUGGCGUCUACGGUCAUGUUCACAGGGCAUUAUUCUAUUACCACAUGUUAUAAUUCUGCCACCUAGCAUGAUCGUCACAGGGGCAGAAUGGUAACACUCUGUGUUAUAGAAUAAUGAAAUGAGGUUCCGCAGGUUGGAAGUUUCGGCCGUCAUUCUAAUUGCGAGCCAUAACUUAAUGCUUGUGUCAGUAAAUUUAUGGCUAACCAUAAAUGUAUUCUUAAGACCCAGCCAUAGAAAUGUCUUCUUCAAAGCAGUUUAUCGUACAAUAUAACAGAUUUCAGCAGCUCAGCAAAGUUAUAUUUCUUACACUGACAGGUAUGUCUAUUCAUGGGACAAACUGAGUGAGCUCAAACCUCCAUCUCCCUCACCCACCUAUGAUUAUAUGAUUCCAAAUUGUAGAAAUCAACAGCUGUACUAUACUAGCCGAUGAGUUCGACAAAAACCCUAAACGACACCGACACUCAGUAAGACACAAUAAGAGAUUGCUAAAGACCGCAAGAAAAUAUUGAGAUAUUAAUGGUUCCAAAGAAAAGCGGCGAACAAAAACACGAAUAGUAGUAAACGUUUGCGGAGUUGAACUCAACUACUAACACUAUUACUCCGACGCUGACGAACGACGACUGAUUAUUUUGUAAAUAUCCUCUUCUACUUCAAUGAGUAAAAUUAUUAUGUAUUCAUUUAUAUUCCUGUGAAAAA